CCCAGUGAGACGCACUCAAUCGAAGGCGUCUAGCCGCGAAGGUGCAAUCCCAGCGUCGUUUCUUUUCUGCACUGAUUCCCUUCAAGCGGAUCCUCCAGCCCGCCAAUGAGUCAGAUCUAUCCCUUCCUGUCCUUGAUCGCGUCUGUGGACGAAGGCCAAGAACGCCAAGAGACGAGUAGCCAACAAGCUCAGAAAGAAGCCGGCACCCAUGGGUGAUCACAAGGGAGAUCCGUUCGUCCACACCAUAGGGAGGCAGAGGGGCCCAAGCGAGCACUCGGGCACAACAGCACCACGAGCACCGAGCAUGACGACACGCACGAGGCAGAUCUUGGGGGAACAAUCAAGGUGGUGGUCACAUCGCCGCCUGACGACUCCUUUUUCAGCUCUUCUCUCACAUUUAUGGUGGCCCUGCUUCUUUUUGCUGGAGGCCUGUGUGCACUUUUGUGGUCGUGGCCCAACGGUGAGUGAGUGAGGGACCGAUCUGGGAGGCUAGGGGCCACUCACAUGCAAGUGAAACUGACGCAUGAUGUAUCUCGGUGUUCAUGAUUGUCUGCAUGCCUUGUUCAGGUGGUCUUCAUGACUUGUCAACGUCUCCGUCUUCCAUCGUCACUCGGGAGUCACCGGCCGCAGCCGUGCAAUCCGCGUGCGGCCCUCCAUACCUACACAUGCAUACAGCCGAGUGUCGACAGGACACGACGGCUGCCAUCGCAACCAAAAGUCGGCGGCUCCAGCAGAACACCACCACAGUGCCCACCCUCACCAUCAAGAACACGUCCUUCGAGCAGCUGCCGCCGCCCGAAUUCAUGCCGCGGUACGGCCUCAGCGCCCUGAGCGCGUCGCGGGCCGUCGUGGUCAUGGGCGGCUCGCUCAUCUACCACGACACCAGCCUCGACGACGUGUGGAUAACCACCGAUGGCGUCGGGCCACGCAGAUGGAAGCUGGCGCCGCAGAAGAACGAGACCAAACUCACUCGCAGAUCCUUUUUUGGUGCGGCCGUCCAUCCAAGUGCGGACGCGCCCUUCAGGUUCCUUGUCACAGGUGUGCUCAGGAAGACAGACAUGGGCCAUCACUCAAUUCCUCCCUUCUGUGUUUGUGUGGCAGGUGGUUUGGACAUCUCGGGCAUCGAAGGCGACCCCCCUUCCCGCUACCUGAAUGACGUCCUGGUGAGCCGCGACGGCACCACCUGGCGCACACUGGUCGACGAAGCGCCGUGGAAGCCACGCGAAGGCCACCAGCUGGUCGUCAUCCCGGGCCCCGAGAACUCCACGAACGCGACUUUUCUCCUGCUGGGUGGCCAGACGGCCAAGGGCAUCCAGCACGACGUGUGGCGGUCAACCAACGGCAUCGACUGGGAGCUGCUGAGCCGCCGCGCGCCGUGGAGGGGACGACGGCUGUUCCAGACCGCCGUCACGGGCUGGCCGGGCGGGAGUGAGGGCAAGAACAUGAGCGUGUAUGUCAUGGGGGGCGAGGGGCUGAGCGAGGGACACCUCAGCGACCUCUACAACGACGUGUGGAGGUCCGAUGACCUCGGUGAGGCAUAUCCAUAGAGGCACAGGCGCGCACAUGGUCUGUCUGCAUUCCUCUUGUUUUUCUAUUCAUCUGUCGCUGUGUGUAGGUGUGACGUGGUCUGAGGUGACGAAGUCGGCUUCCUGGCCUCCCCGUUAUGGCUUUGGUGGGUUGGGAUUCUUUCAUGGCGGCCUCCUGGUCAUCGGCGGGGCCACCAUCUCUGACGCAGGCAUGGACGAAUACCUCAACGACAUCUGGUGCGUACAAACGCCACGAUGACACGGAGAACACAACUGCAUCUUGUUGCCCAUUCGUGUGUGCCGACUUGUUGGUCAGGUAUUCUCCUGACGGCGGCAAGACGUGGAAAGAGCUGCUGGCGAAGGAGACCAAGCCUUUCUCGCCCUGCGCCUUCUUCGGGCUGACGAUUCGCAUCAACGAGCUGUGGCUGAUUGGCGGCAUGCACCUGGCACAGCUCGGCCAGGGCCGCGUCACCAUACCCACCAACGAGGUCUACAAGGCGACACUCAAGGCGCGAGAGACCUACCACGACGUCACCGACUGUGAGCAGUCAGCAUGGAGCGAGUGGAGCCAAUGUGACGGGCAGCGGACGCGCAACCGUACUACGAUCACGGAGGCGCGAAAUGGUGGGGAACCAUGCGGAGAUUCGGUUGAGACAGAGAACUGCACCGUCCAACGGGUGGAGACGUGCGAGGGCGACGAAUGCGCCGCGCGGACCGUCUUGUUCUCCCUCAGAGGCUGUCCAUGCAUCGAGAGGAGCUGCCAGAAGGAGGGCCUCAACAUCCCCGGUCUGGAGCGCUUCUGCAUCGUUCGGGAGGAGGACUGCGGCAAGGGCCCAUGCACGUGCGAGGGGCCCAUCCUUGGCCAGUUCUACGAUGCGUGCGUCGAAGGGGGCAUCGAGCAGGUCUUCACGAACGGUGGGUGCCGGUGCAUCAAAGAGUGCCGGAGGCGGUCAAACGACGAUAAGCCGACGUGCCCGAUCCAUCCAAGGGAGGAAUGUGCCGACCAGUCGGCAACUGGCUCGUACACAUUGCCUGAAUGCGACAGUCCCAAGUGGGAGUACCAGCUGAGACCGCCCACUUUCUGCGCGGGGGUGGAGGAGCGCCUCAGCAGCAGGAGGAAGGCUCACUGGACGCAUCUCGUGUAUAUGAACGCGGUAAGUGGGACGCACGAUGCCAUGUCAGGGGAGACGACGCUUUCGUCAUCUCGUGUGUCCGUGUGUGUGUGCUGGUAUCAUCAGGACAAUAACUUGGAGAGCUAUGCCAUGAGUGACUUAAAGGAGAUGCUUCAGAUCCCCAAGAGCGACUUCAACCUGCUGGUGCUCGUCGACCGCGCCGACCCUGAGGUGGAGGAUUCGUCUCAUAGGGCGAUCCACGAUAUGGUCAUCUGUCCAAAUGCCACCUCAGACGUCAAUGCCAGAGUGGUAUGCAUACAUACAUGCACGCACGUCCAGUCAUCUUCAUCCCGACCGAUAGAAGAGCAUGGAUGCCUCAUUCGUUCUGUACUUGGAUGGCGUCGGUUGGUUCAGGCAAGGCAGCAGUUUUCCGGGGCUUAUGAGCUACUGAUGAUUGGCGACCCGUAUGAGAACCAGAACAGUACCAGCCGGCGCCGCUGGCUUCUGAAGAGGGACUUAGAAGAAUCUAACAUGGACGACGGCCAAGUGCUCCGGGUGGGUCAGACGAGACGGCGUCAAGACAUGCCGCUUCCUUCCCAGAUGACGAUGGCCCCUUCCCGUUUGUGUGUGUGAUGUGUGCAGGAAUUCAUCGCGGGCGCCUUGAAGGAGUUCCCCGCAGAGCAUUACGCGCUCACUUUAUGGGAUCAUGGCGUCGGCCGGAAAGGGUGAAGCACCAUGGACAGCAAGGCAUGUAUCGAAGCAUGGGUGGGUGUUGUGUGUGCAGUUUCGGCGGCGAUUCUAGCCACGGCAACUGGGAUUCGCUGAUGAAUCUCUGGGCUCUAGAAACGAACAUCAGAGUAAGCCACGCUGACCGUUCUAUGCCAACGAUACUUCUUCUUUCACUGAUGGUGUCUUGUCUUCUUGCUCAGAACGGCGCUAAGGACGCGGGCAUGCCUGACGACUUUCGCUUCGACCUGCUGUCAUUCGACGCAUGCCUGAUGGCGUCUUAUGAAGUCACAACGGCCCUCGCAUCACAAGGACACUUCUUUCUCGGUCGGUGAAUACCACCCAUAUCAUGCACAGAAAGACAGCUAGUCAGAAUCAUGUCUGUUUUCAAUAUCAAUCAUGGUCCUCCUUCUGUUCUGCGUGUACGCGUCCAGGCAGCGAGACCCUCAUCAGCGGCACUGGCUGGGACUGGAAGUCGCUGAGACCCACACAGCCGAACGGCACGGCGACGCCGCCAUUGGAGUACGCCAGAAAGAUCGCCUUGGCGACGAUGGACUUGUACGUGCGCAAAGAGCGCCUGAUGACUCUCGCCAUCGUGGACCUCUACAAGAUCCUGGAGUUCCGCAAAGCCUUCGCCCAACGCCAGAGGACGCUGACCAAACGCCUGCACGAUUGCGUCGAUACGAAGGAGGUCGAUCGCAUCCGGACGGCUUACCAGAGGGCCGACGACAGCCUGCGAGGCCGCCAGGCGUCGCUAUUUAGCGGGGAGAUAGUGAAUCCGGUGGACAUGGGUAUGCUGCUGCAGUUCUUGGAGGCCGAGGUGGAGCGGGUGAUGCCUGCCGACGAGCUCGAUUCUUUUUCUUUCAAGGUACAGGAAGUAGAGUUAGUGUAGAAUGCAUGGGUGAAUGGAAAAUGUGUUCUCAGGACGCCAUCAAGAAGUACAACGAGAGCAUCGUCUACUUCAACGGCUCGGACAACUUCGGCAACAUCCCCCUGACCGGUGAGGGAGUGGGGAUAUGGGUAGGUUCAUGAAGCAAGCUGCAGUGUAGAUUGUCAUUCAUGUCUCGUGUUUGUCAGGUUUGCACGCUGAUUUGACUCUGGAAGAGCCGGUCACUUCCCGCUUGCUUGAGGCAGAUGAGCAUUCCACCAGCGAGGCGCCGGCAUCUGAUGCUCGCCAGCUGCAGGACGACGCCGCCAAAUGGGGAGCAGGCAUCGUAAGGCAGCACGUACACUCACUGGACAGAGAGACCUUUGCUAUGUCGUGUUCGUUGCUGCCUCGCUGCGCAGAGCGACGACCCGAACUGGCAGAGCACCGGCACGCCGAACGACCUGCGGGUCUUUCUCGAGCCCAUCUACGAUACCAAGCGCACCGUGUGUCGGGCGAGGAAGGGUCCACCGGAGCUCCAGCCCAAGUUUGUCAUGCUCAACUGUACGCUCUACCUCAUGAGCAGUGCGGGGCAGGAGGCCGACAGCACUGCGGCAGCGCCGCGCUACCGUGUGGAGGUCUUCAGAAACACUUCCAGCGGAGCCGCGGCAUACACGGUCAGUGAGGCAGACGGGGCCAUGAACACUACUGUCUGUGUAUCUAUCGAGCAUCCUGUCCUUCUUAUGCCGUUCAGGCCCUGAAGACGAUCAUGACCAAGCCCAAACCCGAGAAUGAUGGCAAGUUCCAGCAGGCGUUUGUGGUGACAGCGGAGCAGUCGCCUGACAAGGAUGAGCUGGCAGAUUAUGUAAUCGACCAUGUGACGGCCGAGUGGGAGGGCGAAGGCUGGAUCCUUCAUCAGAGCCUCUGGACGGAGAUGGAGAAGUUUACGAAACGGGGAGACUGCAAGGCUCCCUCAUGGAUCCGACAGUGCCCGGCGGGAUUUGGCGAUGCAGUGCCCGCACGCCCGGCCACUAAUGAGGGAAGCGACCGCACAUUCGAGCGCCAGUGCGUGUGGCUGAGUGCGCUGGCGUCCAAGCAGAGCAACGAGCAGAGCAACGGCGCCACCCGGCGAACCCUGCAGAUCCCCGCCCGCCUCUAUCGGAGCUUCACCGACUUCACUCGCCAGGUGAAGGACGCCCGUCGCGCCAGGCUGGUGAUCGACUACAACGCCAAGAGUCCCGACGAGAGCCGCCUGUCUCUCUUUGCUGCCAAUCGCUUUGGCGUCGAGGCGGAGGUGUCCUCACAGGAUUGGGGGCUGAUCGAGCCGCUGCACACGUACGUCAAUCUCACGGCGGUCGACGGGUCGGGUCGAUAUGACAUGGCCCCUGACGACGCGGAAAGCAUCCAGUCGGACGUGCCGUCGUGCUUCGCAUUCAUGUAGGCGGACGGAGAGAGGGAGAGGCAGAUGCACAUACACAAGUGCAUACAUCGGCUUACGAUGACGAGUCCCUCAUUUGUGUGGGUGCUGUGCAGGUGGGGAUCUGAUCCUGAGGCUCCUGAACGUGAGGCAGACAAAAUCGAGGUACUGCAGUGGCCGCCAGCUGGCAGCGGGACACCAGGACAGGCAGAAGAGGCCGAAGACGGAGAUUCUCGACGGGCUCUGCAAGAUACUGACGACGACAAGCGUGGUACGCACUGCUAUGGCAUGACAUAUCCGAUUAUAUACUUCACCAUCUCUCCUUCUUUCGCUCUCUCUCUCUCUCUGUGUGUGUGUGUGUAGAGCGUGUGUUGGGCAUCAAAGCCAAGGAGACCAUAGGCGCGACGCCGAAAGUGAUUGGCAGUUUUGUGGUCCUCUCAGAGGCCAACUCACAGCAGCGGCACACCAACACGGGCUGUUCGGAGUACGAGAAGGACCCGACGGCCUACUGCAAGACGUGUGACGCACUUGCUUUGCUGGGCGAGGCGGACUGCGCCAGAGAGGAGGAUACGCUUGGGUGCAGUGAUAUUUGUGCACGGUUCUGUGAGGGCAACCCAUGUGCAAGAAGGCUGGCUGGGGUGGGUGGGUGGGUGUGUCAGUGAGGGUGUGGGCGAAAGAGUUUGUCAGUGCGAGAUGCGUUGGGAGGGGCCUGGGCAGAUGACAGGUGCGUAGCAUUUGUGAUGGAUGGAGGGAUUGAUUGAUGUGAUUGUUGAGAGUUGAGUCUAUCUUUGUUGUGCCCCUUGGCUUUGUACGCAUCUUGUGAGGCGAGGGAUUGAUUCGUCGGCCCUGGUUGGUCGGAGUCCCGGACGCAGCGUGUGUGUGAGGUGUUGGAUUUAUAAUGAGUCUUGUGUUGCGCAAAGGGUAGUCUGUGUAACCACUUACAUGAAUCGAAGGACAGCAAAGGAGCCUUUCCGAGCUCAUCAUACAUUCAAUUUGUUUCUUACCGGCGCAGGUUCGGCACGCAGAUACGCUGCCUGUCGACAAGCCUGUCACCAUCAGAUCUUUCAUCAGAUCAGUUCUGCCCGAGGUCGUGCCAUCUCUCUCACGGCUACUGCAGCGCCCCAGCACCAUGUCGAUUGACCUGUACAGCAUCGGAAGUAAGCGAAUUGCACACGAAAGAGAGACCUCACCCAUGGGUCUGGGCUCCUUAUCUGCAACCUGCCAGCGCCGAAUGGGCAGAAGAUAACUGUUGCUCUCGAGGAGAUGGGCAUCCCCUACAAGGAGCACCUUGUGCACAUCGGCAAGAACGACCAGUUCAAACCGGGUACGGACGAACACCACGGCACCGCCACGCAUGCUUUACCACACCACACAUGCCUUUCGUUCUGCCUUUGAAUGGUCGGUCGCAGAGUUCCAAGGAUCAGUCCCAACAACAAGAUCCCCGCCAUCGUCGACAACGGUGCACCUGGCGGCCCUCUGUCACUCUUCGAAUCAGGUCUGUGGGCGGGUUGGCGAACUACUUACAUGCAGCCAGCGUGUUUGCACAUCGGUCGGUCGUGUGCUGCUGUGCUGCAGGCGCCAUCCUGUUGUAUCUGGCUGAGAAGAGUGGGAAGUUCAUGCCGUCCGACCUGCACAAGAAAUACGAGGUCACCCAGUGGCUCAUGUGGCAGAUGGGAGGCCUCGGUGGGCGCACAUACAUCGACACACUGACAUACAUAGCUGACAGACAGACAUAGCUAUGCACAGCGAAUGUGUCUGUUGGUGUUGGUGGUGUUGGGUGUGUAUUGUGAAGGACCGAUGUUGGGCCAGAUGGGUCACUUCUGGAAGUAAGUGUGCAACAGACAGACCCACAGACCCACAGACCCACAGACAGACAGACAGACAGAUGGAUGGAUGGAUGGAUUGAACGAUACACAUUCGUGUGCCUGCGCAGACACGCGGCCAAGAACCAGCCUGAAGAGAAACUCGCCUAUGGCCAGGAGGUGACCCGUUUGGCACACACAGACACACACACACAGUACGCUCUGACUGGCGCUUUGACUCGUCGCUGCGUCCUCCCUCCCUCCCUGUGUCCCUUUCCGGUCCGUGCAGCGUUAUUUCACCGAGGGCCAGCGGCUGUGGAAGGUGCUCGACACGCAGCUGGAGGGCAAGGAGUACGUAUGCGGUGACAUCAGGUGAGGCAAGGAAGAUGUGGGGCCGCUGCGGCAGGGGUGGUAUUCAAAUACACAUUUGUACGUGUGUGUGUGUGCCUGCAUUGCGUGUGUGCAGCAUCGCCGACUUCGCCAUCUUUCCAUGGCUCAUGUGAGUGGGUGGGUGGGGUGAUGGGGUGAUUUGAUGGGGACACACAUACUGUGUGGCUAUCUGCUGUUUGCGCGUGUGGCAUGAAGCUGCGUCGACAAGUUCUACGGCAUGGUACCUACCUACCUACAUCACACACACGCGACACUGUACACAUGGCCGCUUUGUCCAUUGCCUUCUACCUGUUGUGUGUCGCGUGUCGAUAUACAUAAUCCAUCAGGCUGACAAAUUCCUCGAGUACAAGAACGUGCAGGCAUACAUCGAGCGAAUGUGGUCCCGUCCGGCGGUCAAGAAAGGCAUGGCCGCCAUGCCCUUCCCGCACUGAAGGUGCCUCGUCCAUCAUAUCGAGGGCCAUGUGCAUUUGAUUAGCUCGUUCGGGACAAGUGAGUAGACUGUUUAUCAAGCAAGUGGAGAAGCGGAAAGACAAUAUCAUAUAUUGUCUCUGGCCGCUCUUUUGUGUGUCUUGGUCUUGGCGAGAGCUGAUUUUGCUUCGGGUGCAAGCAGGCAGGGUGGUUUGUUGUGAAGGAAUGAAGACAGCGUGCAAGAAAGGAACACCGAAUGGACUGACCUGCACGAUAAUACGCUUUCUCAUGACGCCAUGUCGUGUUUCCCUGUAUGGUGUUCUGGCGCAUUUGAGCGCAUCUUUUUGAGUGUGAUGCGUGUGGUGACUCGUCCGUCGAUCGAGAGAAUGAGUGAAUAGGCGAAUGAUUGGUC